CGCGCUAACAAGCGAUCACGAACCCAAUCACUAAUAGUACGAUCAGUAAGUGAAUCACUUCACUAGUGAUAUAAAUGGUCACCGAUUAAACGAUUUACCGGUAAAGUGUUCGUGUGAGUUAUUAAAGUGUCGGAUAACAAAAUCACAGGACGAAGCAAGAUGAAUUUGUGCGUGCCACUCUUAAAUUUAUUGAUCCUGGCGCUGGUUUUGAUAGCGCAAUGUCAUGCUUCGAAAAUUCCGGAGGGAAUGCCUUUAAUUCUUCCAAAAGAUGCCACACCUUCACCCUUAUUGAGAGAUCCACCCACACCACCCCUGCUUCUCCCAAGGGAUGCGACUACUCCACCACCGCCACCACUGGUCUUUCCAGAAGAUGUCAAAAACUACAACAUCGUACCAAAUAAUGCAACGAUCUUGGCAACUUUGACGCAUAAAGACGAUACCAAUCAGGAAAGCGCUGAGGAUAAUAAUCAAGAAAGCGAUGAUUUAAAUAAGACGCCCGGUUCAGAGGCACCUGCAAAGGAAAGUGAUAUAGCAACAAGAAGUACAGAGAGGAUUCAGGAAAGCUCUUCUUCGUCGCCUGAUUUUGGAGCCGAGUUGGUUCAACCAAUUCACCAGGAUCGUGAAUCUAAUGAACAUGAAGAACAAUUCAACAAGCACCAUCAUCACAAGCAACACAAAGCUGAUUAUAUGAAUCACAUGAGAGUCACCGACACUUCGGCAAUCAUGGCUGGUUCUUUUGCUGUGAUAGCGGUACUUGGUUUUGUCGGUCUGGUUAUGUGGAGACAAAUGCUUGAGAGGAAAUAUGGAACUAGAGAGAGAUUAGUAACUGAAGAUACAUAUUAUACAAAUAAUGACCUUCGGCAUUUUGAGCUGUGAAAAGCAUCAGGUCAAAAUCAUUUAAUAUAAAAGUGUGCUGUGACGAUCCACCUGUAUCUAGCGGUGGCUGUGAUAAAUCAAUGAUUGACUGCUAUCUGAUACUAGUGAACUAAAAUAUGUUCAAGUGCUUAUUCUAUAAACUAUCAAUUUAUUCAAAGAAAAAUCACUUUGAACAUAAAUUGCAACUUAUUGUGCGAAUCAUUGGUGAUAUAUUGUUUUCCAGGCAUUAAUAACUAUUUGAUUAAAUAAAUAAUUAGAAAUGUUAUGAAUUGUAAUUUGCUCUUUACUAUUAUUAUUUGUAAAUUUGUGAUGCAUUUAAAAAUUUAAAAAUAUUCAUUUGUUGAAUAAUAUUUGAAAUGUUUUAUGUUGGACCAUUGCAAAGUGAGCAAACUCAAAAAUGUAUUAAUUUUUUUUUUUUGUAUAUGUACUGCCAAUAGAAACAAUUUUUUAUUUAAAUAAAGGCACCUUGAAU